ACUCACGUCGCCACCUGCUCUUUGUCGGUUUACUCUUUGUUUCAACGAUUCCUUUGCCAAGAGAGAGAGAGAGAGAGGGAAAAAAAAAAAAAAAAACAUGUUAAUGGGCAACUGUUCUGAUGAGAAGAUGGUGGUCAUCUCUUCAACAACUAACGAAUGGCCACAGAAUAAUCACAUAACAGAUGACCAAAAGGCCUUAAACAACAACAACAACAGCAUGGCUUCAUCAAGCGCAGGUAGGAUAAUGGAGAAACCAGGGCAAGAACAGCUUCAACAGCAACAACAAGCCCUAAAAUGCCCUCGCUGCGACUCCUCAAACACAAAGUUCUGUUACUACAACAAUUACAGCUUAUCUCAGCCCAGGCACUUCUGCAAGGCCUGCAAGCGAUACUGGACCCGCGGUGGGACCCUCCGCAACGUCCCCGUCGGAGGUGGCUGUCGGAAAAACAAGCGCGUCAAGAGACCUAAUAACUCCUCCUCAUCAUCAUCACUUCCCGAUCAUCAUCAUCAUAGUCAUAAUCAUAAUUCAUCAUCUUCUGCUUCUUCUUCUCCUUCUUCUCUUCUCUCAUCAAAUCCCGCUUCUUCAGUACAACCCCAGAUAGAUUUAUCAUCAAAUCAUCAUAAUCACAUAAGUCCUCUGUUUUACGGGUUGGCCAAUAACGCACCAAAUUCUGAUAUUUUGAGCCUCCAGUUUUCGAGGUUCAUGAGUUCUACUACUUCCGGUUAUGAUCUAGUUCAGCCGCAGUUGAAUAAUGUUCUCGGGUUAGGUUUUUCAUCUGGGAUUAAUAAUACUACUGAUUAUAAUGGCCAAAACGGGUUUAACUCGAAUUCCACAUCACUUCUGCCAAGUUAUAGCUCCAUUUUCAGCACACCGUCUUCUUCGCCGUCUCCGACAAUCGCCUCUUUAUUCGCUUCAAAGUUCACAAAUGGCGGCCGAGGGUCAAACCAUUUCCCCUCGUUGUCGUCGCCAUUUGAGGAGGUUCGGAUAACGGGCAACAAUGGCGAGUCCGAGAUGGGGUUGAUGAAACAAGUGAAGUUGGAAAAUGGGCAAAGAAGGUUCGAUUGGAACGGUAUUGCUGAUGAUAAUAGUUGUGCUGCUCAGAAUCAUGAUGAUGAUCAUCAUCAAACGGUUGAGCAAAGUCUUGGCUUAUCAUCAUCAUCAGAUCCUUCUCUUAAUUACUGGAGUAUCAAUCCAACGGCUGUCGGCGGUGCCAACUGGCACGAUCCGGGGAGUCUUGGUUCUUCAGUCCCUUCUCUGAUCUAGCUAAGCCAGACCAAAAUAUUCACACUUGAUUCUUCAAAUCUCUGCAUAUUAUAUAUCUCCCUCUUUAGUUUCUUCUUUUUAAGUCAUUUUUGGGGUUUGUUAGUGUUUAGGUUUUUAUUUUAGUGCAUGGGUCAUACUGGUGUGGUUUCAAAAAACAAAAACAAAAAAAAAACAAAAAACAAAACACAAAAAAAAAAAAACAAAACAAAACACAAAACAAAAAAAAAUUUAUACAGAAGCUAGCGAAGGUCGGAAGAACUGGGAUCGGAGCGAUCAUGUCAGCAGCAAAAAGAUUAAAUUUUCAGCCUCUUGUUUUUUUUGUUAAUCAAGGUUGAUCAGAAUUAAUCCUGAUUUGCGCUGAGAGGAACCUCGGAUCCUAUGAUUAAUCUCAUCCACUUGGGCAUCAUCAUCAUCAUCAUCAUCACCAAAUCUACACAAGAGAGUUGGGAAGGUUUUCCUUUGAAAGGAUAUUAUUCAAUUCCUUGAUUUGAUCAGUAAGUUUGUGUUUAUUAUGUUGUAUGUAUAUAUAUGCAUGACAGCCUUAAUUUUCUUUCUAAUGUAAUUUUGUUAUAUUAAUCAGUACUAGGUCGGAAAUUGGGGCGGGGGUAUAUGUUGCAACUAGUCCUCGUGAAUCAUGAUAUAUGUUGAUCAGAAGAUCAUGAGGAAGUAAUAAUUUUUUCAUUUGUUUUCUGCCGUACGUCUUUUUAAUUUUGUUGGGGGAUUGGGUAUAAUGGUAUAGAAGAGAGGGGGAUAACUUGUCAUCGCAAUUACUUGGGUAUUACUUUAGUUCGUGAUGUGGUUGGUUUUAAGUAUAUUUGACUUUGUUCUUGCUUUCAUUAAUUGAUUUUGGAGUUACUAUUAAUUGUUGGAAUUUUUGUGAAG